AUGAACAAAUACCAUGAUCUCAUGAUCAUUUUCUUGGUUACUUUCCCCCUUCUUCAUGCUAAUGCACAAACCACGUUUGUAAAAGAUGAUGAGAAGACUAUAUUAUUGAAGCUCAAGAGCUAUUUGAGAAAUUCAUCUGAUAUCCAGCAGCGAUGGAAUCUCAGUUCAUCUCCUUGCAGUUGGCCAGAGAUUUCCUGUUCUCAUGGUUCUGUCACAGGCAUAAAUCUUAAAGACAAGAACCUUAAUUCAAUCCGACCAAUCAUUUGUAAACUCAAGAAUCUCACACAUAUUUCACUUGCAUCAAAUAUUUUUUCGGGAUUAUUUCCAACAGCUCUAUACAACUGCUCGAAACUGAGAGUUCUUGAUAUUUCUUUUAACCAAUUCCAUGGACCAUUGCCUACGGACAUUUAUCGAAUGUCUAGACUAACCAGUUUAGAUCUCACUGGAAAUAAUUUCAAUGGCACCAUUCCAGGAGCUGUUGGUCAGCUUUCAGAGUUGAAACAUCUGCAUCUUAGGAACAACAAAUUUGAAGGUUCAAUACCCCGGGAAAUCGGAAAUCUCUCAAACCUUGAGAGCUUAGAUAUGUCGUACAUGGAGAAAUUUGAGCUUGCUACCAUUGCAGAGGAGCUAGACACUGAUUUCAGAGAAUCAGAAAUUCUGCUGAAUCUAACUGAAGAGAACUUGAUUGGGAGGGGAGGAUCUGGAAACGUCUACCAAAUUUCUGUCAAUGAAAAUAGAAGACAUGUUGCUGUUAAAAGAAUAUGCAAUGACAGAAAAUUGGACAACAAUCUGGAGAAACAGUUUUUUGCAGAACUUCAAACAUUAAGUGGAAUUCGACAUGUCAACAUUGAUACACUAAUUUGCAGCAUUUCAAAUGAGAAGUCAAAAAUUCUAGUGUAUGAGUACAUGGUAAAUCAAAGCCUUUGA